AUGUCUCUCCCCAAAGCAAUGUAUCAGAAAGUGGCGCACGACGACCUCGAAAAUGAGGAUCAAUCUCCGAAUUCAUCUGCCUUCGCACCUCGGAAGUCCUCACCCAUCCGACUUAUCGUCCUCUUUCUGUUAUUCGUAUUCUCAAAUACUCUGACCUGGUUUAUAUCUACGAGAUUGACGACAAAGUACCAAGGAACUUAUACCGAUCCACCUACUCCAUAUGCCGGUCUCACCAGAGAAAUCACCGUCCCCAUGGACGGCCAUGAUGCCUAUACCGACCGCAAUGAAACGUUCCGCGAUGAGCUUUGGCUAAAUAUCAAUAUCGACGAUGGCAUGAUCGCCCUCCCCGACGAAUACGUGGAAGAAAAAGGAUUAUUAGAAGCGCAAAGGUUUCCAUGGGAUGACCAAAAGGGAAUAUAUCUCCUACAUGGGCACCACAAUCUCCAUUGUGUCCGAGCAAUCUACAUAUCCCUAAUGGAAUACCGCACCAACGCCCCCCAAUCUCGCAACACGCGCCACAUAAUCCACUGUCUAGACGAGCUCCGCCGCGACACCCUCUGCCACGCCGACGACACUCCCCGUCUCACGACCAACAACUCCAUACCCGAAACAGGACACGGUCAGUUCAGACAAUGUCGUAGCUGGGAUAAGUUAAAUGAGUGGGCCCAGCAGUACAAUGCUUGUUAUCGGUACAUCAACGAGACGCAGACGCCCGACGAGUUUCCCCAGAUUCAGAGGUUUGUGUGGUGUCCAGAAGGGAGUCCGUAUCGGAAAGAGGUCGAGAAGGUUUUUGAUGUUGCUUGGUAG